UUUGCGACUCGCUCACUCGGGCGCAGGUUGGCCCCGGAGCGUGUGAACCUUCCCGGGCUGGGCUCUGCUACGCUCCAACCUGCGCCGCCCCGCAUGCCUCCCCGCCCGUGAACCGGGCCGCUCCGCCCCGCGCCCGCCGGAACCCGCCCUCGGCCACCUGGCCCUGCCGUCGUCGCCACGCGCGCCUGCAACUUGUUCUAGGGCGUGUGGAGUCAACUUUCCGGAAGCAUCCAGCCCACCGGAGGAGGUAGACGGACAGCUAUGUAUAUAUACACGCGCUCUCCGGCAAGUGGCUGUGGACCCAGAGCCCCAGGGCGCAAGGCAGCUGACUCCUGCAGGAACUGGCUGGUCUAAGCAAGGGGUUCGCCCUGCGCCACCAACCCCAGACACCCGCCGGCCAGAUCCUCCAGACACUGCUGUGGGAGACGCGUCCACCCGCGACGCACCCCCGAUGCAUCUGUAAAACCCUCUGGCUUGGGCUUUUUUCUGCCGAGGACGCGCUCUGCGUCCUUCCCCCUCUGGGUCCCUCUUUGGCUCUGUGGUUUGGGAGAGGCGCAGUUAGACCCGCUGGUUCCCUCAUCAGUCCCGGAGGCAUGAUGCUGCGCAGGCUGGUUCAGCAGUGGAGCGUCGCGGUGUUCCUGCUCAGCUACUCCGUGCCGUCCUGCGGGCGCUCCGUGGAGGGGCUCGGCCGCCGGCUCAAGCGGGCGGUGUCCGAGCACCAGCUCCUGCACGACAAGGGCAAGUCCAUCCAGGACCUGCGCCGCCGUUUCUUCCUGCACCACCUGAUCGCAGAGAUCCACACGGCGGAAAUCAGAGCUACCUCGGAAGUGUCCCCCAACUCCAAGCCUGCUCCCAACACCAAGAACCACCCCGUGCGGUUCGGGUCGGACGACGAGGGCAGAUACCUAACUCAGGAAACCAACAAGGUGGAGGUGUACAAAGAGCAGCCCGCGAAGACGCCCGGGAAGAGGAAGAAGAGCAAGCCCGGGAAACGUAAGGAGCAAGAGAAAAAGAGGCGGAGAGCCAGGGCGGCCCGGCUGGAUCCGGCCUGCAGUGGGCUGCAGGAGGGCCACCUGCCCCUCGACGCGGGGACUGCACUACAGCCCGGCACAAGUACGGAACUUCUGUGGGGUUUGAGAGAGAGAGGCGAGCAGAACACGCCACAUGCAACUCAUGAUCUCAUGGUUUAAAGUCCCCUGUGACUGCUCCAGUCUUUUGACUCGGGUACAGACAGGACUGCAGAGUUCAAGGGGGAAUCUGAACCCAUUCAUUCUUCACCUUCCUCUGAGUUAAGUUGACAAAUCCAUUAUGAAGCAGUAAAGAAAACAGCAGUUACAUUGGUUACAUUAUACAACUUCUUACUCAAUGGACCAUAAACUAAAGAACUCUCUACAGCACAGAGAAUGGUCCAUUCUGCAAAUAGCUAAUGGCCCCAACUCACAGGCAUGGUCAGUGUAUUUUAAGAUCUGACCAUAGUGUAUAUACAUUUAUAACUAAUGUAAAGACUAUGGCCAAGGCCUGCUUUUACUAAUUAUCUUACUGAAUAAUUAACCCCAUAGACAUGCAGAGAAGGGGGAGAGGAGGGUGUAUGAUCAGAUUGUACAGGGACUUGCAGAACUGUGGAAUUCAGUAAAAUCUUUUCCCAACAAUGGCUUUCAAGUUUUAGAAGUGAUGGAUGAGACAGAACAUUCUUCCGGCCACUGCGAUACAGUGAUUUCAGAGGUCUGAGGCGGUGGUAGGCAUGAGCUUAGUAUGGACUGGUAUAUCGUUUCUUAAGAGAAACUACUAGGGAAAUUUUUCCUGUUUCCUCUCAUACGAACUGUUCGGGGGAAAUAUAUUACUUUAAACUGUAGAGAUUAGAUUUAAACUUUUUGAUGUUUCCUAUGAGACUUACUUACUGGAAACCAUAUAUUUUGACUUGGCAAAUACUGAGUUUGAAAAAUACAAAAGCUUUUCAGUAGUCAAAAGAUCUAGAACUCCAAGCCCCGUCAUACACACAUAUAACAGAUCACACACCUUUUAUACUGACAUGUGAUAUAUCUGACUUGGCUUUUCCCACAUGUACCUUUGCUAAAGGAGAAUUCAGAAAGAAAUAUAGCAAGCAAACUGUCUAGACAGGGUGAAAAAAAUUCAAAUAUCUUUGCCUUAGCUCUUCAUUUAUUAUUUUCUUUCUUCUUGAGAAAAUAACUGUUCAAAAUACUAUUAAUUCCUCCUUUUGAUACUCUUAAACCCAGGUCAUUAAGUGCCACUUAGAAUGGACAUGUUUUGAAAUUGGACAGGACACAGAUUACUGAGUUUUGAAGUCUUUUUCUCUUGCUUUUUCCUUUAUCGAUGAGAUCCGUCCAGUUCAAACACUAAUCUUAAACUCUCUUUUUCUUUGCAACUGGAAACUUUUAAUAUUCCACCCAAAGUACUGCUGAAGAGGCCAAUUCCUUAGUCUUAAAUUAAGUCUUAAAGUAAACACUCUAAAUGCUCAGUUUAAUUUUUCUUUCUUUAAGCUGCAUGUAAAACUCCAAAACAGUCAAGAAUGUUGACUGUCUCACACCCACACGUCUGUCUGCCGGGUGAAGCUCUGCCCACAGAUUUGCCUGUUCAUUCAGUGACACCAUCGAUCCCUGCUCUAAGCUGUUUCCUUGGACAUCAAUGUGUAUUCACUGAACAAGACUCCACAGAGAGAAAACAGGGAGCAAAAGCUCCACUACCCCCACCCUUAACGUACUACUAUCAGGGUUUCCACUCUAGUGAGAAAACGUGUCGAUCCUCAGAAUUAACUUACUCUGACUAAAGCAGAGAGAGCCAUGGGAAGCACUACAGUUUUCUACUUUUAAUUCAAUUUAUUUAUAGGUAGUCUGCCAUUUUAAAUAGAUUUUUUUUUCUGAAGAGUAAGGUGGCACACACCUGUAACCCCAGGCUAAAGCAGGAGGGUUGUGAGUUUGAGACCAGCCCAGGUUACACAGUGAGAGCCUUUCUCCAAACUAAACUAACAUAACAUAAAAUAUGCUUUUCUAAGUCUUUUGCAAAAUCCAUUCAAACCUACAAGAAGAGUGAGAAAGAAAUUAUUCUUAGUUUUGCCUUCGAAAACUAAAAUCCAGUAUGUGCUUCGUUAUAAGUCUGUACAGACGGCUGAGGGAACAGCAGGUCUUGUCACAUCAACACAUGUUCUGUUCACGUGCACAUUCGUCCGCUGAUUACCCAGAGCCUCACAUUCUCACUGCCCUCAGCACAGCCCAUUGGCUAAAUGAGCAGAAUUAUACUUAAAUGAGUAGAUACUUUGGAUCACCGCAGUCAGGUACGCUGGGAAACAAACUUCUAAACAAGGUGUGCUGAUGGCAUGCCUCAAGCCAGCCUUACUUUGCAAGAAACCCCUGUGCGUCUCUCCAUUGUGAAGCUGUCUUUUAAUUCACAUCCUCGAUUGUACAUCAUCCCAUUUGUAAAGGAAAUUAACCUGUCAUUUCCUCUUCUUUCCCUCCUUG